CCACGCGCCGGCUGCCAAGAACGGUGAAUCCCCGAGAAAGCGACCGGGAAUGGCAAUGGCAGCCAUCGUCGCGCGCGCAGGCGCCAAUGCGACCGGCAGCCUCCGUUCCGGCGGCGGCGGCGGCGCCCGCCGGCGCCGCAACGCGGUGGUCGUCGCUGCGGCCACCGGCGCCGGCACCGGGCCAGCGGCGCCGCAGGAGGGGUCCCUGGAGCGGCCGGCGUGGUCGGGCGAGACGCCGCUGUCCCGGCUCGUCGGCGCGCUCAUCGCCUUCAAGCCGCUCUACUCCCUCAUGAAGCUCGCCUCGCGCGAGGUCAUCAUCAGGACGGCGGAGAAGUCGAACAUCCCGUGGAGGGAGAUGACGAAGCAGGUGCUGGAGUCGGACGUGUACGAGCUGUUCGACAGGAUACGCGACCUCAACCUCGUCUACCCAGACUAUUAUUUGAGCCCAUUCCACGCGUAUGAUGAAGGCAACCUGUCGUGGCUGGCUGCAGCUGAGGCUGAACCUGCGACAAUGUCGAUUGCGAAGAGGGCCAUACCUGACGCUGGUUCGAUCGAAGAGGCCAACCAAAUUGUUCGCGGAAACUGGCUGAAUGCAGUUGAGGAGCAUCACCUGAAAUACUCUGGGAAUUGUCAGAUCAAUGACAUUCUGGACGUUGGCUGCUCCGUUGGAGUCAGCACGCGGUACCUCGCCGAGAAGUUCCCUUCGGCAAAAGCUGUUGGUUUGGAUCUUUCACCCUACUUCCUUGCCGUUGCGGCACAUAAGGAAGAAAAAUUGUCCCGGAAAAAUCCUAUCCGUUGGGUUCAUGCAAAUGGUGAAUCCACAGGGUUGCCCUCAAAUUCAUUCGACCUAGUCUCCCUUGCUUAUGUGUGCCACGAGUGUCCAGCACGAGCAAUCACUGGGCUAGUGAACGAAGCAUUUAGGCUGCUCCGACCAGGAGGAACCAUCGCCCUGACCGACAAUUCACCAAAAUCCAAAGUACUCCAGGAACUAUCUCCAGUUUUGUUCACUCUGAUGAAGAGCACAGAACCGUUCAUCGAUGAAUACUACAUGCUGGAUUUGGAGGAGACGAUGAAGCAAGCCGGAUUUGUAAAUGUUCAUUCCAUACUGACAGAUCCCAGGCAUAGGACAGUCACUGGUACUGUGCCUUUCUGAUUGUGUUAUCUGUCAUGCGGAUUGAGUCCAAAUCCCGAUAUCUCCCACCGAAAUUUUGCUCCAACUGUCGAUGUACCGUUAAACAGAAAGAUGAACUUAUACAUUUGUGCACAUAAGAUAGGACAAAAACGUUACCAACCACUGCAAUUACAUUCAGUGUCACGAGUGCUUUGUUCAAGUGCUUGGGGAAACAAAAGAAUUGCCUAACAAUAAAAAUAAGUGUCCCAAGUGGCUGACAUGAGCUGCAAAUUGAA